AUGAAAACACACAAGCCUGUCUUGCCAGGGAUCAAAAUUGUUGACAGCAGUGAAGCAGAGUCUCACAUCCAUAAGACGGCAGCUGAGGAUCAGAAAUAUCAGCAAAGCCCCUCAUGGCUGCCGGAGCCUUCAAGACUUGUCAAGAGGCCCAAGUUGUCACAUAGCACCUCCGGAGAGCCAACAGCACCGACCGUCAUUUCACCAAGGACAGGCAUAACCAAGGCUACUACCUUUGUCGAACAUGACAGCACAGAGCACUCUGUACUCAAUAGUGAACAGACGGAUUCCACUUGCCAUUCCGGAAGCAGCAAGCAUAAGUUCGAUCACGCCACCGAAGAUACUUCCUCGGUGACUGAAGAAGAGGUGGUUCAUACCCAAACAGAUGCAUUGGACACAGGUCUGGGAAUUGACCUCGAGCAUGCCGCCAAACUUAGCUGGGAUCUUGCCCAGAUUGGCGCUUUUGUUGACGACGAGGAGGAGGAGGAGGAGCUUACCGAAGCUCUUCUUGCCGCACCAGAUGAAGUGCUCUACACCGUGGCGGCGAGGUUGGAAGGUAUAUUGAAGAAGGCCGAAGAUGUCCUUUCGAAACUCAAAGCGGCGCUCGAGAGUGUCGAGCAAGUCGUGUCUGAUCAGGGGUUAUGCUGUUAG